AGAUUAAAUCUUCAUUAUGGAGAAUCUGGAAGGCAAAGUGACUGUAAGAAGGAUUCAGUCAGAGGCUAAGUUCUCUGGACUUCCAACUGAUCCGUAUAAAGCUCUAGAAAGAUCACAAUCGGCCAGAACACUUCUCCAUGACAUAGAGGAUGAGGAGGAGAUGACAGAGAAAAAUCAGGAGUCACCACAUCAUAAUGUAUCGGAAUGUUCUAAAGUUUAUUUGGAUCUGUCGCAACCAGAAAAUUCAGAACAACGUCUCGUCAACAAUAUAGAUCAGGAUCAUCUUAAGAAUGGAAAUGAAAAAUGUGUAUUUUUAUCAGGAAAUGAAGAUUUGAACAAUUACACAUUGAAACACUCAGAAUCUGAGGAUCAACCUGCAACAGAGAACUCUGAUUGGUGUUCCAGUCUACAACAUCUUAUAGGUCAACUUAAGGUCAAAAUUGAGGUCAUCAAACAAUGUGCAGGUGAUUCACUCAUCCAAGCAUUACGUGACAUCAGUUUAUUAGUGGAACAAGCUUGGGCCAUUCCCACUUAUGGUAGGGAUGUAGCAUAUAGCUUAUGUGACACUCUUCGUGAAGAACACGCCCUAGACAUUGUGAUAGGAAACUGUGCCUCUCAAAACAAAGAACUGAUGAAGACUUCGGGAAGAUUACUUGACAAAAUUUUAACCACAAGAAAUCGACAAAGAGUAGCACACUAUGGACUAGAAAUAGUGGUUAAAAUGACCGUUGAUGCUAAGGGAGAGUUUGAUAUGGCCAGAUUUUGUACGGGAAUAUUGGAGAGUCUCUUCAAGACAUCGGAAGAAACUUGUAGAAAGUUGACUGUCCUGGGGGGACUUGAUGUUUUACUUUAUUGGUGUAGAAGUAAUGAUCGUCUGACAUUACGUCACUGUGCAAUUGGUUUGUCAAAUAUGGCUUUGUAUGGUGGCCCUGAAAACCAAGAAGAGAUGGCAAAACACAAAGUCCCAGAAUGGCUCUUCCCUCUGGCAUUUAAUGAUGAUGAUAGUGUAAGAUAUUAUGCCUGCUUAGCAAUUUCUGUACUGGUUGCCAAUAAAGAAAUUGAAUCUGCUGUAUUACAAUCUGGUACCCUAGAUCUGGUUCUUCCAUUCAUUGCUAGUCACUCUCCCAGUGAGUUUGGGAGGAUGGACCUGUCUCAUCGUCAUGGUAGAUCCAGAGGAUGGUUGAAACGUCUGGUUCCCUUAUUAUCCAGUAAAAGGGAGGAAUCUGAAGCAUUAGCAGCAUUUCAUUUUGCAAUGGAGGCAGGAAUUAAAUCUCUCCAGAAAAAGACAGAAGUAUUUUAUGAAGUAGGAGCUAUACGUCCAUUAAAAAGAUUAGCUAGUAGUCCAAAUGCUACAACCUCCAAAUUAGCUUGUGAAGCUCUAAGAAUUAUUGGAGAGAAUCUACCGCACAAACUGACUGCACAAGUUCCUGUGUGGACUGUUGAAGAUGUGAAGUUCUGGGUAUCACAGAAUGGCUUUGAGGAAUUUGCUGUUAAUUUUGAGAGAUGUAAAGUAGAUGGCGACCUGCUGUUAACAUUAACAGAAGACGACUUAUCAGGCAGUCUGCAUAUGAAAUGUAGAAUAGCACACAAAAGAUUUAUGAGAGAAUUAAAGAGACUUAAGAUAACAGCAGACUAUGCGUCCUCAGAUCCAACCAAACUGGACGAUUUUUUGAUGGAGUUGGGGUCAGAGUUCAGCCAAUACACCUACUCCAUGUUACAGGCUGGUGUAGACAUGCUUUAUCUACCUGACCUAACGGAGGAACAGCUGGCCAAUGAUUGUGGCAUCACUAGUGGCAUACAUAGGAGUAAAAUAUUACAGAAAAUUAGAGUUUCAGAGGAACAAAAGACGGAAAGUGACAGUGGAGAUAUUAUUGAUGGGCGCAAAGUGACGGAUGUUUUUAUAAGUUACAGAAGGGUAAAUGGGUCCAUGUUAGCAAGUUUAUUGAAGGUAUUUCUGCAGCUGAGGGGAUUUACAGUAUUUUUAGAUAUAGAGAAAUUAAACGCUGGUAAAUUUGAUGAGGGAUUAUUGAGUAGCGUGAGGUCAUCACGUAAUUUUAUACUGGUACUGACACCAAAUGCUCUCGAUAGAUGUGUAGGAGAUAAAGACAAAAAUGACUGGGUUCACAGGGAAAUAGUAGCAGCAUUAGAAAGUAAGUGUAAUAUUAUACCUAUUAUGGACAACUUCCGCUGGCCAUCAGCUGACCAGCUACCUGAAGAUAUGAAACAGAUCACAUUCUUUAAUGGUAUAAGAUGGAUACAUGAAUAUCAGGAUGCCUGUGUGGAGAAGUUAGAAAGAUUCCUGAGAGGAGAAGUCAACAUCAGUAGUAAAAGAGCAGGAUUGUUCCAGAUGGGCUCAUCUUCAGAGUUGUUACAACAGCACCAAGCCAAAUAUAGCUCUAGUUCUAGUGAAAAUUCUCCCAACUCAGACUGUAGCUAGUUCCAGAUGUCACAAAUCAGAGUCUUGUUUGUCCAAAUUCUCCCUACUUAAUAUGUGUAUGAAUCUCCUAACCUUAAAUUGUAUCUUGUCCCGUCUCUCACAUCUUGGAGAUUUUUUUGUUCAAAUUCUCCUCAAGUUAUAUGUGUAUGAAUCUCGUAACCCCCAGUUGUGUAGCUUAUCCUAGUUCUAACACCUCAGAGAGUUGUUUGUCCAAAUUCUCCCUAUUUCAUAUGUAUAUGAAUCUCCCAACCUCCAAUUGUAGCUUGUCCCCGCUCUUAUUCAUCAGACUAUUGUUUUUUCUGAAUUCUUCCUACUUAAUAUGUAAGUAAAUCUUACACCAAAUUAUAGCUUGUCCCGGCUCUUGUACAUCAGAUAAUUGUUUUCUCAAAUUCUCCCUACCUUAUAUGUAUGUGAAUCUCCUAACUUGCAAUUGUAUUUAAUGUGUCUAGUGUCUUUUAAUAUUUCACCUAUUGUGAUUUAAAGAUUAUUGUCAAUGGAGAUAUUUUUACCUGUGACAAAAUAUGUACAUUUGGCCGUUUUCACUCGAUAAGGGUGGCUAAACAGAUAACUGACUUCAUGCUUAAGAUGCAGUUAAAUGAGCAAUUAAUUUGGAAUGCAUGGAAAUUGAAUCUGUUUAUAUGAUUAUCUUGAAAACUCAAUUGUUAUUGCAGCAUUCUUCCCAUAAUUUCUAUAUACCAUCCUGGUAAUCCAAAAAAAUUCAGAAAUAUUAGCUAAUAACAACUAUAACAAAAUUUUCGAGCAGAGAUACUUCCUAUUUAUUUCCAGCAAAUUGGUUCUAUAUUGUAAGUCCUUAAGCAAUUGAGUUUAUAAAAGGUUUCAGUUAGGAAUUUUAUGUGCCUUUCAUCUUUUAGAUUUAUAUUUGAAAUUUUGACUGAGACACAUACAUUUUAUAUUUUUGACAUAACAACUUCCAUUACGUUAAAAGUUUUUUUAAAGAAAUCUUGAUGGUAUGAAUGCUUUAUAGAUAUAUACUCAUAACAUUCCAUGUGUUCAUUUGUAUAAUGUGGAUUUAUUAUUAUUUGUUGCAACCAAUUUUUGUGGAUUUUAGGGUAAUGGAAAACCUAAAUUUAAAUGUUGAAAUGAAUUACUUAUUUUCAAUGGGAAUAAAUUCAGAUUUUGUAAAAACAACUAACAUAUUUUUACAAAAAUGCAAGGUUUCCCUGAUCCAUAAAAUUAAGUACCCACAAAAAAAUGAAGUAAUUCAUUGUUAAUUUUUUCUGUCCAGUUCUUUUAUGAUACAUGUACUUGUAAAGAACUGUAUAGACUAUUGAAGAAAUGUAUUGUUUUUUAUUGCUCCUUUUCACAAAGAAUAGGCAAUACCUUUUGAACCUUUUAAUUUCUGAAAUUUAAAAGGACAUGAAUUUUAGAUUUAUAAUUAAGUUUCUUUUGUUACAUAAAAGGUAUAUAUUAUGUAGAAGAUUUUGAUACAAUAUUAACUAUGAUGGUACCCAAAAAUGAAAACGGGUAGGGCAGGGAACCAGGAAAAAAUUACAUGGAGCACAUUUUCAAGAUAUUUAAUUUAUAAAAUAUGGCUGGAAAAGACUGACUCGACUUUUACCUUAUAUUUUCAUUGGUAUUAUUUGGGUCUCAAAUCGAAAGAAAGAAAAUCAAGAAUCUGCUAAUAUUUUGUCAAAUGACCUUUUAUGAGCUAUUUAAAAGUCGCAUGUUAAAAGAUAAAUAGUUGUUAUAGGACAGAAUAUUUUACCUUGUAUUGUAUGGAAAAACACCAAGGAGUCCGAACAUUUGACACUUAUUCCAAAACCUCACCUAAGUACAUCCUUAAGCCUGAGAAUAAGUUAUUUUUUCCAUUGAUAAAGGAUAUAGUUUUUGUCAGAAUUAUAUUAUAAAGAGGGUCAUCUGUCUCGUCCUUAUUCGAAGAUUAUUCCUGAAAGAGAAGGGUUUAUUUAUUAAGGCCUUAUAUUGGCAAUUUGAUGUAAUAUUAUUGAAGCCUUAUUUCUGAGAAAUCUCAGUAAUUAUUAAACAGGGUAAAUAAAAACGAAAAUAUUGUGUUUAAAAAAUAUUUGUUUGUAAUUAUAUGUUUUUAUUCUGAGAAGAAGUGAUAUUGUAACAUUGUAUAAUUAUUCCCUCAUUUUAUUUCUAAAGAGUUAUUUCCCAUGUCUGGUUUAAACAGCAGUUGUUUUAAAAUAUAACGAAUAGUAUGCAUUAAUAUUUAUUAGAAAGAAGUCAAAAGACAAUACAUAUUUACAUGUCUAUGUAAAUUUUCUAACGCAUUGGAAUAGUUUCACAUUUAGAAAAAGAAAGCAAAAUAUGAAGACACAACUGUGAUUCUGUAAAUUCAGAAAUUUAUGCACACAUUUAUUAUUAGAAAUUCUUAACCACCGGCAAAAAGUCUUAUUAAUGUGAUUGCAAAAAUUAAACAAAGAACAU